CUCGGUCUCGUCUUAGAAGUCUCUCUCUCUCUCUCUCUCACUCUCACUGUGUAUUCCUCAAUUCUCUCUCUUCCAAGCUCCACUGUACUCUCUCUGUAUCUAUUGAUUAUCUAUCUCUCUCUCUGUAUCUAUUGAUUUUCUCUAUACUCUCUCUGUAUCUAUACAUUUUCUCUCUCUCCUCUAUCAUUUUCUAUCUCUUCUCUGUGUCUCUGUUUUGCUCUGCUAUAUAUCUUUGUCUCUGGUCAAUCUAGGGUUUCUUCAUUAUCAGAUUCGUUUUUGGUCUAUCUGAUCUACUUGUGGUUCUUGCUCUGUUUGAGAGCCGUCUCAGUCGCCGUCGAUCGUUGCUUGGGAGUUCCGAGGACAUUUGAGACGCUAUUCGAUGGUUUGCGUGGUUUUGAUCGAGAAAGGUUAGGGUUUUUGAUUUUGAGAUAUGGAUAAUUCUUGGCAGAUGAAAUGUAGUUCGUCAUGGCAGUCUUUGACGCCAUCGAUUUCAUCGUCGUCACAACUGCAGCUGCAAGAGCCUCGAAAUCAGAUGUGGAAUGCUGGUCAUUAUUUUUAUCCACAUGUAACACAAGAACCAAGCCCUGCAGCCCGUGCAAUUUUACAAGAAGCCACUGUUCCCAAGACAUCAAAUUUAUGUUCCUCCAACUCAGGCCAUGCUGACCUGGGAAAUUCAUUUUUGUCACUCCUUUCUGCACCACCAUCGUUGAUGCAAUGUGAUUUACAGCAAUAUUCAAAUCCCAAGCCAUUAGCUUCUUCUAGUAAAGUUCCUGUUAGUGGUAAUAGUUUCACAUUUGGUACUGCUGGAAGUGGAGUUUCACUUGUGCCUGCUGGGAUAUUUUCACAAAAUCUCAACAUUCAAAACCCCAAAACUGGAGCACAUUUUGGUGCAGUUGUUUCAUCCAGAGCAGUUGAAAAUGCCAAUUAUGGCAGUGGGUAUAGUUUGCUGGAUGUUCUUCAGGCCGCAAACUUGAAUCAUCAGAGUUCGGAGUCUGCUAAGCCAGUGAUCUGUUGCUCUGAUGGCCGCAAUGAGAGGGAUUUUUCUAUUCCGAGUGGGGGAUGGUUUUCUAGUACGAGCCCUGCGAAUGCUGGGAAGCUGCAUGGCAAUAGUACUCAGGCAUCACAAAAUACUCUAUUAGAGACUAACUCAUCUGUUUCUUGUCGGUCAUCUACUCUUACAAGUGGUUGCCCUCGUGUGUUUUGUUUGAGUGCAAGUGGGGAUUUGCUUCUCAGCAAUACAGGACUUCUUGGUGUUGUUUGCUUGUGUCAUGGUUUACAUAUGUCUAUUGCUAAAUUUUCUGAGCAUUCAGGUUUACGUGAUGUUAACCCUGGGGAUGCUGUUCAUAUGGACAGCGGUGAGACAAUAGCUCGUUGGCGAAAGCUCUACUUCCAGAAGUUUGGGAUUAGGGUUCCAGAAGAUCACAAUGGAUGGGAUUGGCCUGAAGGAUUCUCAACAACGGCUGGUAUGGUGAAAUACAGUGCGAAAGCGUCCAACAACAUGUCCAAAAAGUCUGAUCUGUGUAAUUUGGCUGGUUCUUCUGGAGGCUUAAUAGGCUUUGGACAGCCUCAGAACAACGGUGCAUAUCUUAAGAAACCUAAUACUGUUCCGAAAUUGGCUGAUGAGGUUUCAUUUAAUGGAAAACAAAGGAGUGAUCAGGAUAGUCAUAAUUUUUUGUGCAAAGGCUUGAUUGGCUCUUCACAGAGCAAUCUACCUACCGUAGCAAAUAACCCGAUUAUGGGGUGCCCUCUAUCAAGGUGUUCGACAAUGUCAAAGUUUGUUGGUGUAAGGGAUCCAGAUAAUGGUUGUCACUCUAUUUCUGCUUACAUUGAUUCAAUCACUAAGAGUGGACAAUCAUUCAUUUCCCACCAAAACUUGCAGAACUCUAAAUCAUCUGGUAAUGAUUCUGAUUCCAGCAGAUUAUUCAAUUUGAAGGACGGGAAUGUUGUGGACAGAGACACAGUUUCCUCAAGCUUUGAGCUGAGACUUGGGCAACCAUCUCCUCAGAGUCGGACUUUAGGAAAUCCUCUUUUGCCAGCCUUUAGAUCUCAUCUGUUUGACAAAUGUGGUGAUCCCCAGAAAUCUUUCUUGCCAGAGCAGUUGAUUCAUAAAAGCAAUUCCAUGGUAGUGGAGGAGCGCAGUCAACAUCUUCAGCAUGCAGCUGGUUCAUCUAUUUCCAGUGGAAGAAGAGGACAAAGCCAGUUGAAUCUCGUGAAUGAUGCACCUGGAAUGAAUAAUCCAAGAGAUGCUGCUAUAAUAGAGCAAUUGAAAGGUGAUGUAGAUAGAAGUUUGGUCCUUUCAAUGUUACUUUCCCAAUUUAAAACUCCUACUGAUGGAAGGAUGCAGUCUAAAGCUGCUAGUGGUGUGGUCGAUGGCAAUCAUGUUAUGACUGCAACACCACAUUGUGAAUCUCAUAUUGCCAAAUAUGACCCAACUAAUUUUCUGUGGACUAGAGGCAAUGCUAUAGAAACUCCACUAAACAUUAAUAAAUUGGAUCUUCAAAAGCAUGUGGACAAAGGAAAAGAGGUGGCAUUUGUUGCUGAUGGCUUGCGCAUUGCAACUGAACCAAACUAUGAGUUUCACACAAAACAUAUGGAAUGUUCAACUAAUUGUAAUGGAGUUGGUAGAACUGGUCAUCCUGGUUGUUUAGUGGCACAUGACAAGAGUUCUCAUCCAUACCUGUUAUCUGGAGUGCCACCUGAUGUAUGUAAUGCCAGAAAUCCCUUCAACCAUUCGGGGAAGAUUCCUUGCCUUGGGUUCAAUCGACAUAUGGAUCAUGUUUUCCUUGGGUCCAUGAGUUUGCCAAUGGAUUCUGGACCAACGUUGCCUUUGCAAGCAGUCUCAGUUGGGUCUCCUGUAACAACUUCAACCUCUGUAUCAAAUACGUCUCCAGCAUUGUCAAACAAAGAGUGCAGUGGUAUAAGCCCGUAUUUGGUGGAUGAGAAUUUGAGAAUGCUUGCAUUAAGGCAUAUAAAUGAGUUAUCUAAUCAAGGACAUGCCAAUGCUUCCCAUGGAACAAAACAGGAUCAAGGGAGACUUGACAACUCUUGUGGUGAGAAAAUACAGCGUUCUAUUACUGAUCCAUCGGCAUCAAAAGAACAAUGGCAUGGCCUUGCAGUUAGCAGUAAACAGGUUGCUUCUGAAGUUGGUGUGAAAUCACUCCAGUCUGGUUAUAGUUGUUGGAUGGUCAGUGAUACUCAAACUCUAGCUCCUGCAUCAGGCUUGAAUAAGUGGUGUGGUCUCUCAAAUUUUUCACCAGGGACAUCAUUACAUAGUAAAAAUAUUGAAAUGCAGUUUCAGCUCUCUUGUGAUUUUCAUCGAAAUGCACAGUGCCAGCUCUCUUGUGAUUCCCAUCAACAUGCACAACCCUCGGGGAGAUCUGGAAGAAUUGAUAAUGACAUUACUCCUCCAAAUGAACAUGGAAAAUGUUGUCAGAGAGUACCAUACACAUAUUUCCAAGGCAAAUGUGGCUGCACUGUCCAGACAAAUUGUCAAGGGGGAAAUCAUAAUUCCAAAGGGGAAACCUUCAACGGUGCCUCCAAGGAAAGGACUGGAAAUGGCAUGGCCUCUAUGUUCUUUGAUCCAAAGUUUAAAGAAAAUUCUACCUUUCCUAAGGAGAAAGCUAUUUCCUUUGAUCAAAGUGGAAAUUUGGAGGGUCAAGUGAAGAAGAAAGUUGACUCUCAUGAUUUUCAGUGGAGAGAUGUGCCAAGCAAGGUGACAAGGAUGUGCAAUGUGGCAUGCAAAGAUCGGCCAGCUGAUUUAUUGGAUAUGAGGGGAAAUAUCGGGGACCAUGUUGCUAAUGCUCCUACUAAAUGCUUUAACAGAUCUUCCCAAAUUGCUGAUGCUGCUACUAAAUGCUUUGACAGAUCUGCCCAAGAUGCUGAGUCCUCGAAAGAGCAUGAGGUGUCUAAUAUUUCUUCUGGGUGUUCUGCCCCUGCUGUUACUCAGGCAUCAGUGGAGUUCAAUAACUUGGACUAUUCUACCAUUGAAGCUAGAGGUAAAUGUACACAAAAUCUUGUAGUUGAUGAAGGAUCAGUGAUUGAUAAAUGCUGGUCAUCUGAUGAUCCACCUGACAGUGAAAGUUCGGAAUUCUUUGGUUUUGCAUGUAAAUUCAACUCAGCGAAUGAAGGAUCUUCCAAACCGUUACCUAAUCAAUCAUCUCGUAGUCUUAUUGACGAGCUUAGGCUUAGAGACUCAUUAAUAUUGAAAAAUGUCAGAAAUCAAUCCCUUACUGGGCUUUCCAUUCUUGAAAAGAGGAAUCAUAUACAAAAUUUUGAGAAGGGUUUCAAAUCUGCAAAGAGUAAACGGCCAACAAAAUGGAAGAUGCUAAAUGCAUCAUUUCCUGCCUCUGUUUUUCCUUCAGUCAAUGAAGAAUCUAGAAAAUGUAUUGGUAGUAGUGCUCUUUGGCACUCCCAAUCAUCCAAAGAUGAGCCGAUGUGGCUUCAACCUGACCAAGGAAGGCCUCAUAAUUGUGCUUGUUCUGUUGGACCUAAUUUCAAGCAGAAAUCUGUGUUGUGUUCGACCAAGAUCAUCUCUCGUAAAAGAGCCUUUCACAGAUUUCACAAUGACAGAGAGGGGGGAAAUGAUCGGAUUCAAUUAAAUGUUGAUGAUGAUCGUCUUGAAGUCCCUGAAAACUCUAGUAGGAAAAGGUUCAGAUUGGAUUGGACUUUUCCAUCUACUAAGCCGUUCCAGAUGCGAGAGCCACAUCAUGCUGAUACUGGAAUAGUUGCAAAAUCUAAUUCAGCUGAUUGUAUGAUAAUCUCUUCAACCAAGCAGGUGGGUAUAUGUGAAGGGAAGGUGAGGCCUAUAGUAUGUGGAAAGUAUGGUGUCAUUUCUAAUGGUAAUUCAUCAAGACCUGUGAAAUUUGUUCCUCUCAGAAAGAUUCUUAAAGCAACUAGAAGAUGUACACUUGCUGAAAGCCAAUUAAAAUUAACUUCGGUAAAGAAGUCAAAGAAGAGAAAUAUUAGAAGAAGCAAUGAAUGCAUUGAUAAAUUCUCUAAUUUCAAGGAGAGAGACAGUGAAGGUUAUGAUGACACAGUAUGUAAGGAAUUUGUUCCUGACAGUUCUAUGAAGGAAACAGAGACACGCUUCCCUGGGUGUAAAGAGCUUGAUGAUGUACCACAUACAUUGGAGAAAGAAACAGAUGACGGAAGUGAGAAAGAUCGUAGAAUUCUAGACAGUUCUGUUGGCACUCGAUUGAAGCCAAAAUGUAAAGAAGUUCGCAAGCGCAGCCUUUAUGAGCUGUCAAUUGAAGGGAAGGAUUCCAUCUGUGUAGAUACUCCUGCUCUUAAGGCCUCAAAAUGUGUACCACAAACAAAAUGCAGAUAUCUGGCAAAGUUUUUAAAGAAUGCUGAUGAUGGUAAACAUAAUGUGGGUGGAACAUAUAGUGCCAAAUCCACUGAAAUGCACCAGUGCCAGUCCUCUAUUUCAGAUUUGGAUGCAUUCUGCUGUGUUUGCGGAAGUUCGAAUAAUGAUGAAAUUAAUUGCUUAUUGGAUUGUGGUCGAUGCUUAAUCAGGGUGCACCAGGCUUGCUAUGGUGUUUCCAAAGUACCCAGGGGUCGUUGGUAUUGCAGACCAUGCCGGACAAGUUCCAAAAAUAUUGUUUGUGUUCUCUGUGGUUACGGAGGUGGUGCCAUGACUCGAGCACUACGAAGUCGUAACAUUGUGAAAAGCCUUUUGAAAGCUUGGAACAUUGUUACAGAAUCUGGGCCUAAGGAUGUAAUUUCACUUUCUGAAGUUUUGGAGGAUAGGUUCAGCAUGUUGAGUACGUCAACAUCUGGACAUGAGACCGAUUCAUUUCCUGUCAUCAGACCUGUACAUAUUCAGCCUUGUGCGGUAUUGAAAAUGGAUCUGCAGAAACAAUUGGACUCUGUAAAGACUUCACCUCGUUCUUCUAGUAACUUAAAGGUCAACAACAGCAUAACAGCGGGAGUUCUUGAUUCAACUGUUAAGCAGUGGGUUCAUAUGGUUUGUGGACUCUGGACACCAGGAACACGCUGCCCGAAUGUUGACACCAUGAGUGCUUUUGAUGUAUCUGGUGCUUCUUGUCCUAAAGCAAAUGCGGUGAGCGUUGAGAUUUGCUCAUUGUGUAACCGAUCAGGUGGUUGUUGCAUACAGUGUCGCGUUUGUGAUUGCUCUGUACCAUUUCAUCCUUGGUGUGCUCACCAAAAGGGUCUGCUGCAAAGCGAGGUUGAAGGUGUUGAUGAUGAGAGUGUUGGUUUUUAUGGGAGAUGUGCGCUUCAUGCGACAUACUUCCGGUGUGAUUCAGAUGGUGAUCCUAUUGGCACUGAAACUGGUCAUCCUGGGGAUAAAGAAUACACAUGUGCGAGAACAGAGGGUUACAAAGGUCGUAAACGGGAAGGCUUUCGUCAUAAUCUUCCUAGUCAAUCUAACGGCAGUGGUGGAUGUGUUGUUCCACAAGAGCAAUUAAAUGCAUGGCUUCACAUUAAUAGGCAGAAUUCACGCACCAAAGGGCUUCCAAAGCUGCCAAAUUCAGAUGUUGAGUAUGAUUGCCGGAAAGCAUAUGCUCAUUAUAGACAAUCAAAAGGUUGGAAACAUUUGGUAGUAUACAAGUCAGGCAUACAUGCUCUUGGUCUCUAUACAUCCCAGUUCAUUUAUCGCGGUGCAAUGGUUGUUGAGUAUGUUGGUGAGAUUGUAGGGCUCCGUGUGGCUGAUAAAAGGGAAAAUGAGUAUCAGUUUGGAAGAAAGCUUCAGUACAAGAGCGCUUGCUAUUUCUUUAGGAUUGAUAAAGAGCAUAUUAUUGAUGCCACCCACAAGGGAGGGAUUGCUCGUUUUGUUAAUCAUUCAUGCCUGCCAAACUGCGUUGCCAAAGUAAUUUCUGUGAGGAGUGAUAAGAAGGUUGUCUUUUUUGCGGAGAGAGACAUAUACCCUGGAGAAGAGAUAACAUAUGACUACCAUUUCAAUCAUGAGGAUGAAGGGAAAAAAAUUCCAUGUUUUUGUAAUUCCAAAAAUUGCAGGCGAUAUCUAAAUUGAGCGAAGGUGAUGAUUUCCAAUCCUUGAAUGAAACGCUUGUUUUCCAGAACGAUAUCAAUUUGUGUGUAGGUGUCAAUCUCGGGCUUGUAAGUUGUAUCUGCAUCAGGUUGUGCUUUAAAUGUUGUAUCAUAUUGGUACAAGUUUCUUUGGUUGUCACCAUGGGCGGGUUCAAUUGAGCCUCUCAACUUUUUUUUUCUUUUUUUUUUUCAGAAUUAUGUAGUAUUAUUUAAAUUUUUUUUA